AUGCUGAUACGGCGUAGGUUCACAAGCCGUGAACCAAGACAAGCUGAGGAAGCUAGAAGAAGCACUGGGAGCCGUCGAAUCUUUGAUGGCCCAACUGGAGGCCACAUUAACGAAAUUCGUGACUCUGCUAGAUAUGCCACCUGCAACGGAUCAAGACGAAGUCGACAAGUACUCCAUCCCGCAGAAGAAUCUCUAGCGACAGCAGUGGAUUUCAUGAUGCUCUUGCAACCAGGAUCAGAGCACUCAAGUCAAGAACUCCCAGAGCUCUUCAAAUUCAACUAUCUUUUGGAUGCGCUUCAAGGAGAAGCCAAGGAGUCUGUUCGCAAGUUUCAAGUAACGGCGGAUAACUACUCCAGAGCCAUAACCUUCCUCCCAAACCGGUACGGUUCAAAGGAAGAACUUAUUCAGAAGCUGAUCAACCCGACUGGAAAACUUCCAUCUACGGAGCCAUUCCCUGAAGGAUCAGCGUAUUCUUUCUGA